UUUUAUGCUUAAUUUUUAUUGCUAAUUUUUAUUUUUUGGAAAUAUAUUGUAACAUUAAAACAUACAGUAUGACUGAAAAUUUGUCAUGUUCUUGUGCGAAGUUUAAACUGUGAUUUAAUGCCAUUAGGUAGUUGCAAAUUGUGAAACAAUGCACUUCACGCUAUUGUGGUUAAGUAACCUUGGAAAGUUAGUGGUUGGUGAGCCAGUUACAGGAACAUUAGUAUAUAAGGCUAACAUUGCCACACCGAAGUCACAGUAGGAUUCAGACCUCACACAAUGAUCAGAAAGGUACUGACUUCUAUUAAUUUAUUUCUUGUAGUAUUUCUUUGCGUGAUAAAACAAUGUUAGUUAUUUUUUACACAUAUAUUUCUUCUUUUGCCACAUUUAAAAUUCAAAUGCAUCCAAAGUGUAUUUGUGCUGUUGAUGUACUAUGCAAUAUUAUUAUUAUAUUCUCAGGGAGUUACUGAGAGUUUUGGGGCAGCAGUCUCCUGUCUGAGCACAUCUCAUCUGACCGAUGAAGUGAUUAGGAGGAGCAAGCGAAUGAUACUGGACACGCUGGGAGUGGGAUUGCUUGGAACCAGCACCCCGGUCUUUAACACAGUACUUCAGUGCAGCCAAAGGCAGCAAGCAUUGGAAAACAGCAAGGUCUGGGGAAGACCAGGAUUAUCUCUUCCACCUCAGUAUGCUGCCUUUGUUAAUGGAGUUGCGGUGCACUCUAUGGACUUUGAUGACACCUGGCACCCAGCCACUCACCCCUCUGGUGCUGUGUUGCCAGCUGUCCUGGCACUGGCUGAAACUUUGCCUGUUAAACCCUCUGGCCUGGAGCUGUUGCUGGCUUUCAAUGUAGGCAUAGAGGUUCAGGGGAGACUCCUGAGGUUUUCUAAAGAGGCACACAACAUUCCCAAAAGAUUUCACCCACCUGCAGUUGUUGGGGUUAUGGGCAGUGCUGCAGCUACGGCUAAACUUUUGGGUCUCCCAGCAGCCCAGAGCAUAGCAGCUCUAGCGAUAGCCUGCUCAUCUGCUGGAGCGCCCAUGGCAAAUGCUGCGACUCAAACCAAACCUCUCCACAUGGGCAAUGCUGCCCGAGGGGGUCUGGAGGCCUCCCAACUCGCUCUCCUCAGCCUUGAGGGUAACACACAGAUUCUGGAUCUGGAAUCAGGCUUCGGGGCCUUCUAUCCAGAUUAUGUCCCUCACCCACUGGCUGAGGUCACCCAUACUUCUCAUUACAGAUGGGUGUUAGAAGACCAGAACAUUGCACAGAAGCGCUUUCCCGCCCAUCUCGGGAUGCACUGGGUGGCAGAUGCAGCAAAAGAAGUGAGGGCGAAAUUUCUGGCUAAAUUCCCAAAUGCAGAUCUCAAUCAAAUCAAGAAGAUCACUCUCAGAGUGCCCACAUCCAGAUAUGUAGACUGUCCUCUUCCAGUUAGUGAGCACCAGGCCAGACACUCUUUCCAGUUCAACUGCUGUACCGCAUUGCUGGAUGGAGAGGUCACUGUCGAGUCCUUUAGCAAAAGCCAGAUGAAAAGGAGCGCCCUAAAGGAGAUGCUUCUGAAAGUACAGUUGGAAAAUCCACAAGACAAUCAUUCGAGCUUUGAAAAGAUGUAUUGCGAAAUUGCAGUGGAGACAACACAGGGGGAAAUGUUUACUGCACGCUGCAACACUUUUUAUGGUCACUGGAGGAAACCUCUUAGUCAUGAGGAUCUGGUGAGGAAGUUCAGGGCUAAUGCUUCGACUGUGCUGAGCGCUGAUGUCAUGGAGGGUAUUAUUUACACUGUAGACCAUCUGGACACAAACCAAGACUGUUCAAUGCUUUGGUCAUACAUGCACUUUAAUAAGCACAUGAUGCAUAGAGAUGAGCGCCGCUCCUCAGCUUUGGCCUGAAUUAUUGUGUAUUGUGGCAUCAUUUAGGCUAAUAGAAAGUAUGUUGGUGAACCAUGUGUAAUAUUGAAACCUGUCAUGACUUUGUUCCUCAUAUUCUCAUUUUAGUGGAUAUGUACCACAUAGAGUUGUAAGGAUAAAAGAACCUCAGAUAUUUUGAUCUCCCGAGAAACAGACAAUACAAACAUACACAGGCAUCUUCGAGACACCCCGCAGAGUGGAGGUGCAGGAGACCUCCUUCCCUUCUGUCCAUUUGUUUCAUUUUAAAUCCCUUCACCCAUCCUUCC